AUGGCUUAUUUUGGAAAUAAUCCAUAGCGUGGAGAAUUGCAAGAGCUUUAUGCAGAUUUAAAUGACUUGAAUUUUGAAAAGAAGAAAGAAGUAAGGCUUAAUAUCAAUAAGCGUAGGCUGUAAAGAAAGUGAUAGCUUAUAUGACUGUGGGUAAAGACGUAUCAGAUCUAUUUCAGUCUGUCAUAAAGUGUUUAGAAUUCAAUGACAUAGAGAUGAAGAAACUUGUAUUUAAAGAAUGAUUAUUCCAUAGAUUUAUCUUUACAUUGUUAACUAUUCCAGAUAAAAGCCUGAUGAUGCCAUUAUGGUCAUAUAAAAUUUUAGAAAAGAUGUGAGGAAGUCAGAGAAUCCCUUAGUAAGAGCUCUUGCCAUCAGAACAUUCGGUUGUUUACGCGUACCAAAACUUAAUGAAUAUUUAAUUGAGCCUUUAAAAGAUUGCAUAUUGGAUGAUGAUCCUUAUGUACGUAAGACUGCUGUUUUAUGUGUUCCAAAAGUAAUUGCUAAUGCGAUCUAAUUAGGUUUACGAAGUGUCACCAGAUAUAUGUCCUCCCCUUUUGGAAUUGUUGUAGAAAUUAUUAGAGAAGGAAUCAAAUGCAUUGGUUUUGGCUAACUUGAUUUAAUCGAUGAGAGAAAUCGAAGUUGUGAGUGGCAAGCAAAUCAUCAAUUUGAAUUAGAAGAUCAUUUAAAAGUUAUUACUAGCAGUUGAUGAAUGUAUUGAGUGGGGAUAAAUAUUUAUUUUGGAUUAUUUGGCUACUUACAAUCCAUAGGAUUCAAAAUAAGCCGAAGUAAUUAUUGAAAGAACACUUCCAAGAUUGAGUCACAUAAAUCCAACUGUCACUUUUUGUGCUGUUAAGGUUAUUCUCAAAUACUUGGAUUUCUUAGACAAUGGAGAUCUAGUUAAAAAUUUAUGUAAGAAAGUGGCACCAUCUUUAAUUUCUUUAUUAUCUUGGAAUCAACCAGAAGUACAGUACACAAUCCUCAGAAAUAUCUCUUUGAUUUUGCAGAAGUUCCCAAUCUUAUUUGAAAAUGAAGUUAAAGUGUUUUUCUGCUCUUUUAAUGAACCCUACUAUAUUAAAUAUGAGAAACUAGAUAUUAUGGUUAGAAUUUGUGAUUCCAAGAACUUUGGUCAAGUUCUUAAUGAACUUCUCAUUUAUUUAAAUGAAGCCGAUCCUCAUUUUGUCAGAAAGACUAUUAAAUCAAUUGGAAAAAUAGCUAUUACCUAUGACAAAGCCAUAGAUAAGUAUAUUCCAAUUCUUAACUUUUAGAGCAGUAUCCAUUUUAGUUGAAUUCGCUAAAAAUGUCCAAUAACCUACUGAACCGGUCUAAGAAUUGCUUAUUUAAAUGCAGCUUAUUUAUAAGAAAAACAAAUCAAUGUAUAAACAUGAAGAUAGUCUAAAAAUCAUAUAUUCUAUUAUCGAUUAUGCAAAUGAACCAGAAUCAAAAGUAAUUAAGUUUAUUGAUUGUUUAGAGUGCAUGUGCAUGGAUUGUAGGAGAAUUUGGUGAAUUUAUUCCAAAAUCAGCUGAAAAAAUGAAAGAAUAUAUUGACAAUUUCUAAAUGGAAGAUAGAUUAGUUUAACUUUAACUACUAACCUCAGCAGUCUAAUUAUAUCUCAAAUAUCCAUCAUAGUGUUCCAUUCUAAUCUAAUAAUUGAUCACUUCUGCCAAAGACUCAUUUAACCCUGAUGUUAGAGAUAGAACCUAUAUUUAUUGGAGAUUAUUGUCAACAGAUCCAGAAAUUGUUAAGACCUUAGUUUGCUUUAACAGUGGAGCCGUUUAGAACUUCUCAAAGGACCUACGCUUAUGGGAAACUUAAGAUUUAGUUGUAGCUUUGGAAAAUAUGGGGAGCAUCAGUAAUCUAUUUCACAAAUUACCCCAUUAAUUAUACAAAAACAUCAAAAUUAAAAUAAAGUAUUUAUUCAUUUAAAUUUGAAGUAAUUAACAAGAUGUUAAGAUUUACAAGGGAGAAGAAAAAUAAGAGAAACAAGAGAACUAAGUUUAAGCUUAAUAAAGUGAAAAUCAGUAAAAUAACAAACAAGAAUAAUAAUAAUAAUAAUAACAAUAAUAAGAUAUUGAUCUUUUAAGUUUUGAUGAUCCUCCUGUUAAUAAUAUUAGUAAUAACAGCAACAAACCAAAUUUAUUUGAGCUUAUUUGAACAUCUAUUAAUAUAAAAGUGCC